CACGAUUAGAAUUGUGUGCCGCUCUAUUGCUAGCAAAGGUAGCAAAUAAGAUCGUACCAAGGUUGAGAUUGUCAAUCAGUAGAACAUAUUAUUGGACCGAUUCCAGCGUUACGUGGUGUUGGAUCACGUCAACGUCGAAAAAAUGGAAAACCUUCGUCGCACACAGAGUUGGUCAAAUUCAAGAGAUCACGUCUCCCUUAAACUGGUUUCACAUUAGCGGUGUCGAUAAUCCGGCGGACGUGAUCUCACGCGGUUGUUGUCCCACCCAAUUAGCGAGUUUAUCAGUCUGGUGGAACGGGCCGAGUUGGUUGUCACGACACGAAAACGAUUGGCCUGAUACGAUGAACCGCUCAUUAGAUUGUAACGAGGAGAGUGCAGAAACAAAAACAAACGCGAUAAGCGCUCUAUGCACUACGGCAAGUGAUAUAAAUAUCAUAAAUCGUUAUUCGUCUUUUGGUAAAUUGUUAAGAGUCGUGGCAUAUUGUUUACGAUUUAAAAUUAAUUGCUUACGUAAAAUAAACAAAACAGGCGAUCGGUGCCGACGAAUCGGUAAUUUAAGUGCUGACGAAAUAAAACUAGCAAAAACGUCAUUAAUUAAAGUUGUUCAAAGGGAUGAGUUUGCAAAUGAGAUAAAAUCUAUGCUUAACGGAGAAGCAGUAUCCAGUAAGAGUAAGUUAUUUCGUCUGCGACCGUUCUUAGAUAAAAAUAAUAUAAUAUGCGUGGGUGGACGCUUAAAACAUGCAGCAUCAAUUUCGAUUUUCCAGCGUAACCCUAUAGUGUUACCAUCAAAUAGUAAUUUCACGAAAUUGUUGCUAUGUAACGAGCAUGUAACACUAAUGCACGGAGGUCCACAAGCUAUAUUAUCGUCGUUACGCAUGUGCUACUGGCCAAUUAACGGCCGAAAUUUAGCACGAAAUAUAGUAAACAAAUGCGUGGUUUGUUUCAAACAGAAACCUAUUAUAAUGCAACCGAUAAUGGGUGAUCUACCUAAACAUCGAGUAUCUCCAGGCCGCGCGUUUCUAAGAUGUGGCGUAGACUUCGCCGGGCCGUUUAUGGUUAAAACUAGUAUCCGAAGAAAUGCCCCGAAAGUGAAGUCUUAUGUAAGCGUUUUUAUUUGUUUAGCUACGCGAGCUAUACAUCUCGAGCUCGUCAGUGACCUGAGCACCGACGCCUUUAUCCGUGCAUUAAAUAGAUUUUUUGACCGUCGUGGAAAAAGCAUUGUAAUCUACUCAGAUAAUGCAACGAAUUUCGUCGGGGCAAACCGGAAAUUAAAGGAAUGGUACCAAUUAUUUCAUAGUGACGAAAAUAAAAAAAGGACUAUGGAUACGUUAUCAGAUUUAGGCAUUGAUUGGAAAUUCAUACCCGCCCGUUCACCUCACUUCGGGGGUCUAUGGGAAGCAGGUGUAAAAUCUAUGAAAUCCUUAUUAUCUAAAGUCUUGGGUGAGUCGUACUUUACUUACGAAGAGUUGCUAACUAUUAUAACCCGAGCAGAGGCGUGUCUAAAUAGUCGUCCUUUAACCCUUAUGUCCUCCGAUCCUAGUGAUAUGUCACAUUUAACUCCCGGGCAUUUUCUCAUCGGUGACUCUCUCUCCGCCAUACCAGAAGUGGAUGAAACGAACGUACCAACAAGUUAUCUAUCUCGUUGGCGACGCGUGUCACAAUAUUCGGAUAUUCUAUGGAGACGGUGGAGUAAAGAGUACCUGUCUCAGCUUCAGGAACGGUCAAAGUGGGCAAGCGGAAGGGGUGUAAAGUUGAAGGAAGAUUCCAUCGUUAUCAUGCGCGAGGAGAACCUUCCACCAAUGAAAUGGCGGUUAGGUCGGAUUAUCAAUGUCCUACCAGGGCAGGACGGUGUCAUACGCGUUGCUGAUGUGAAAACGGCGAAUGGAACAUUUCGUCGAGCCGUCAGGCAAUUAUGUCCAUUACCAUUUGUGGGUAAUUGUAAUUUGUAAAAAAUAUUUACCUUUGUUUAGUUAAUUUGUAUAAUAUGUCUAUGAAGGGUAAUUAAGAUUAGUUUAUAUGUUAAUUAUAUAAUUUGAAUUAUUAUUUGAAAUGUUAUUUCAAGGCGGGCGGCUUGUCUCGUAUA